GUUGUGUGAAAGAAUACCAGUCGAGUUGAGACAGAGACACAGAGAAAGAGAGCGAACCUUUGACUCAGCACCCCCAACCCACGACUACUCCACCUCCCCUCCCUCCUCUCCAUAUCUCUCUCUCUCUCCGGCAUUCUGACCUCAUUAAUUUUCUCGGGAAAGUGAUAGAAAAUUCCAACAACUAUCUUCUAUUCGAAGUCAGCUCGGGUCUUUUCUCAUAAUCUCCCUCCACGACGACGACUUCCAGCUUUCUCCCGUUUAAUGAGCUCCGCUGUUACAGAAUUAGGGUUUUUUUUUUUUAACAUAUAUAUUUUUUUUAUAGUUUUGUUCAACGGAGUGUUCGAUUUCGUAGUGCUUAGUUGAGUGAAGAGUUGAUGAGGAAUCUAGGUUUUUAGCUUCUUCUCAUGGAUCGAGCUGUCUCUGCGAUCUCGGCCUCGGCUCUUCUUUGCCUUUUUCUGGUGAUUUCUCGGUUACUACAUGUCUCUGGUAAUGCCGAAGGCGAUGCCUUGAAUGCGCUGAAGACCAACUUAGCUGAUCCUAACAAUGUUCUGCAAAGUUGGGAUGCUACACUUGUCAAUCCCUGCACAUGGUUGCACGUUACGUGCAACAGUGAUAACAGUGUUACAAGAGUUGAUCUUGGAAAUGCAAACUUAUCUGGUCAACUGGUUUCACAACUUGGGCAGCUUCCAAAUUUGCAGUACUUGGAGCUUUAUAGUAACAACAUAAGUGGAAAAGUUCCCAAUGAGCUUGGGAAUUUAACAAAUUUGGUGAGCUUGGAUCUUUACCUGAACAAUUUGAAUGGUCCCAUCCCGGACACAUUGGGCAGGCUUCAGAAAUUGCGUUUCCUGCGGCUCAACAACAACAGUCUGACUGAUAAAAUUCCCAUGUCGUUGACUACUAUCACAUCACUUCAAGUCCUUGAUCUGUCAAACAACCGUUUAACUGGAAUAAUCCCAGUUAAUGGCUCCUUUUCACUAUUUACUGCCCUCAGUUUUGCUAAUAAUUUGUUGCAAACUCCCCCGGCUUCUCCACCACCUCCACUUCCACCAACCCCGUCUGCUUCUUCAGGAAAUAGUGCCACCGGAGCCAUUGCUGGAGGGGUUGCUGCUGGUGCUGCCCUGCUGUUUGCUGCCCCUGCAAUCGCACUUGCUUAUUGGCGACGAAGAAAACCAGAGGAUCAUUUCUUUGACGUACCUGCUGAAGAGGAUCCAGAGGUUCAUCUAGGACAGCUCAAGAGGUUUUCCCUGCGUGAACUACAAGUUGCAACAGACAAUUUUAGCAAUAGAAAUAUUCUAGGAAGAGGUGGAUUUGGUAAGGUCUACAAAGGACGCUUGGCUGACGGCUCUCUUGUGGCUGUAAAAAGACUAAAAGAGGAGCGUACUCAAGGUGGGGAGCUACAGUUCCAAACAGAAGUAGAAAUGAUCAGUAUGGCUGUUCAUCGAAAUCUACUACGUUUACGUGGAUUUUGCAUGACGCCCACGGAACGGUUGCUUGUCUAUCCCUACAUGGCCAAUGGAAGUGUUGCAUCAUGUUUAAGAGACCGACCUGAAACACAAGUCCCACUUGAUUGGCCAAUAAGGAAGCGAAUUGCAUUGGGAUCCGCAAGAGGCCUUGCAUAUUUGCAUGAUCAUUGUGACCCAAAGAUCAUUCAUCGUGAUGUCAAAGCUGCAAAUAUAUUAUUGGAUGAGGAGUUUGAAGCAGUUGUUGGAGACUUUGGGUUGGCUAAACUUAUGGAUUACAAGGAUACCCAUGUUACCACUGCUGUACGGGGCACAAUUGGGCAUAUUGCCCCUGAGUACCUCUCCACCGGAAAAUCUUCAGAGAAAACGGAUGUUUUUGGGUAUGGGGUCAUGCUUCUGGAGCUCAUCACUGGACAGAGGGCUUUUGAUCUUGCUCGGCUUGCCAACGAUGAUGAUGUCAUGUUGCUAGAUUGGGUAAAAGGACUUCUGAAAGAAAAGAAGUUGGAAAUGCUAGUUGACGAAGAUAUGCAUGGUAAUUACAUCAAUGAAGAGGUAGAACAACUAAUCCAGGUGGCAUUGCUCUGCACACAAGGCGCCCCAUUGGAACGCCCCAAAAUGUCGGAUGUUGUCAGAAUGCUCGAAGGUGACGGAUUAGCUGAGAGGUGGGAAGAAUGGCAGAAGGAGGAGAUAUUCCGCCAAGAAUAUAACCAUACCCGACAACCAAAUGCUGAUUGGAUCAUCGCGGACUCCACUUCCAAUCUCCGCCCAGAUGAAUUGUCCGGUCCCAGAUGACCCUUUUGUUGUCAAAUGCGAUAUUUUCAUCUUUGUGCAUAUGAUUUUCUUCUAUUUUCUUUUUUUUUUCUUUUUUCAAAGUCAAGUUUGUAUCAUGUUCGGAGUUUUGAUGAUGAUAUGUCGUCGUGUCUAUAAGGUCGCCGGUACAUGGCAUUAUGAAUUUUCAGGUGCAAGAAAAAAAUCAUGGCUUGAAAGGGCCGUGGAGGCACCAGUUGUACGUUUAUGUUUAUGUAUCCAAAAACAAAUUACACUAAUAAAUAAAUAAAUACAUUCUUUUGUCCAGAGGCAAAUCGCAA